AUGGAACAAUUAAUACCAAUUAAUUUUGUUGACUUAACUCCUACUAUUACACCUGAUUUUUCAGAAGAACCUGAUAUAACUGAUCUGAUAAUUGUUGAGCAAGUUAACAGUGCAAUUGGUAAAGGUGCAUAUCGGAGUAUUAAAAAAAUUCUUAAAUAUAUAGUACCAGCAUAUAUUCAAAAUGAAAAAUUAGAUCCAGCAUCGCCAAUUAUUCAUCUUCGUAUCUCUGGUGAUGGUCGUAACGUUGGACAAAAGGUAAAACACGUUAUGAUCACUGUAGCAUUAUUAGAUGAUUCAGCAAAACUUUUUGAGUCAAAUUACCAUUAUACAGUUGUUCUUUUUCCAGGAAUUGAAAAUUAUUCAACCUUAAAAAUUGCAGCAGAUACUCUUAUUCGAGAAUUGCAAGAGCUGAGUAGUAUUGGAAUAGUCAUUGAUAAUAUAGUUUGGAACUUUAAGCUUUAUUUUAGCUCUGAUUGGAAGUUUCUUGCCACCUGCUUGGGUUUUAACGCGGCAAACUCCAAUUAUUUUUGUCCAUGGUGUGAGAUAGCUAAGAAUCAACGUGGAGAUAGGCAAACUGAAUGGAUAAUUAGUAAAAAAAUGAGUAUUUUGAAUGAAAAUCCAAAAGCAUAUCCAGGUCAUCACUCACCUCCACUUUUUAAUAUGAUUCCACUUGACCAUUAUGUGCCAGAUAAACUCCAUAUUAUGUUGCAUAUUACUGAUCGUUUAUGGGAAUUAGUGCUACAAGAAAUCAAAAAUGAGGGAUUAUUUAAUGAUAUAACACGAAAUAUUAUAAUUAAAGAGAUGGAAACCUUAAAAAUCUGUUUUGAAUUUUGGAAGAUUCGUGAUACUGAUAAUUGGUGUUAUACUUCCCUGAUGGGAAAUGAUAAGCUUUGUGUUCUUCGAAAAUUUAAUUUGGCUAAGCUUUUUGAUCCAGAACAUGCUGCAUUAAUUAGAAGCUUAUGGAAUGGAUUUGCUGAAUUGUAUGACCUUUUGGGAGAAAGAGAAACAAAUCCACACUAUUUUCGCUUAAAAGCAAAAGAAUAG